GAUGGGAAGCAAAAUUCCAACUCUUCACCUUCUCAGGCCAUCCCAAUGAAUUUGGGAAGUUUGCAACUUUUUGGAGCUACUGGAGCUGAGCAAUGGGAAGGAAAGCUUUCCUGAACUGAGGAUUCUUAAAUGCCAGAUUCUUCUGUGCCUUUGCUGUGAAGGUGUUUUUCUGCUGAAGGAAAUGACUUCAAGGAGAAAAUAAUUCCAGCAUGGAGUAAGAGCUUGUGACAGAGACCAAGCGUUGCCAGCAGUUGCUCCAGGUGCUCCUGCCAACAGCCCCUGCAGGGAGGAGCACAGCCCCCAGUGCACGUGGGCUUUGGCUCCCUGUGGCACAGAAGCCCCCCGGGGGCACGGGUCUCUGGGGCAGGAGAUGGGCACCAGCGCUGCCAGGGCUGGGGGUGGCAGCUCUGCUUGGGGGGGACUCUGCCACAGCUGCUGAUGCCAGCGCUGCCCGGGCCCCAGGGCUCAGAGCAGCAUUGGUGCCCUGGCCCACACGUUCCUUGUCCGUGUCACAGCCGCGGGUUCAGGAUGGCCACCAGCUGGGACGUGUCCCAAGGAGGCCGUGCCAGCUUCUGUGGAAGGUCCCGUGCCCUUGCCAGCGCGGCUGCGUCGGCAGCCCUGGGGGCUCCUUCUGCUGCCCUGAGCCCGCAGAGCAGGGCAGCGUUUGCUGAUGGUUUGAGCCGCUCCUAAAGACCCUGUCAGGCUGUCUGAGACACUUGGGGCCAGGGAUUCCUUCCAAGCUGGGCCACUUUGGGUGGGCUGGGGGCGGCCCCAGGGCAGGGGGCAGUGUGUGCAGGGGCCCUUUGUGACACGGUGCAGCACGGUCACCGUGGCAUGGAACGGGUGUCCAAGGGCCCUUUGUGACACGUGGUGACACAGGAGCUGGCGGUGACAAGACCACGCCACAGUGCUCGGAGCACGCGAAGGGACAGGACGGGACAGAGCGGUGCUGUGAGGAGCCCCCGCACAGCGCACUCGUUCGUGUCUGACCUGCAGCUUUUCCCAGGUGUUAUUCCUGCAGCUCUUUGCCAGAUCCAGCCAUGGAGCGGACACAAGGGCAGGACCCCGCCCGUGGCCUCUUCCGCAGAACAGCGCAGCUGGUCUGCAAAUUGAUCAAGAGAAUUCGGGAGGAAGAGACCAGCACCAUGGGCACUGGGCUCAGAGCAUACUCGCACAUCUUCAAAACCAAGACCAGUGCUGCCCUGCUGGAUAUGCUCGUAGAGGAGGGCUUUUCCAACCCAAAGCAAGUAAGCAGCCUCUGGCCAGGGUUUCAUCCUCCCAGCAAUUGCUUGGCCUCCCAAGCCACGCCCGCUGGUCCCUGUGAGCCUUUGAGGCCAUGGCAGCGUGCUGGGAAGGGAAGCACUUGUCUGGGGAAGCUGGGGACAUUCCUCCCUCUGGCAGCUUUCCAAAUCUCCCCGUGCCUUCUGCAGGUGCCCGCCAUGGUCAGGUACAUCCACCAGUGGCUCAUGGCCAAUCAGUUUGCUGAGCACAGGCUGAACAGGACCCUGCUGGAUCUCACCGAAGCCCAGCCCGCUGACGUACUCAUGACGCUGCUGCGUGUGGCCCCAUCCUGUGACAGGUAUGGGGCCCAGCUGCCCAGAGGGCUCAGGGCUCCCCAGCCCAUCAGCCUGUGCAGCCUGUGCCAGGUGUCUGACCAACAGAGAGUUCCAGGGCCCUCUGGCUGCUCCCUUUGCCAGCCCUGGCACGGCAGUCCCCAAGCCUGCUGCCAUGCUGCCUCGCUGCCCCUCAGGGGCCUGUCCCCACAGGGCUGGGCUGCUGGCUGCUGCUGGCCAGUGGCAGUGGGCAGAGGCAGAGCUGGCAGCCAGCUCAGGUCCCCGCUGCUGCCCAGGCCACAGUGCUGUGUCCCAGACCCCCCUGAGACAGAGCUUUAACCCCACAGGGCUGCUCUGACCAUGUGGAAGAGCAUCAUGUGCUCGCCCAGGACUUCCGAGCCUGCGCUGCUGGUACUCCUGGAUGUGCUGGGGAGCUGGCAUGAGCACAGCACGGGCACCUCCGAUGGGGACAAAACGGGUGUCUUUGUCCUGGCUGUGAGUUUCUGCAAUUGGCCUUUGCUGGCCCCAAGGCCGCCUCUGCAGCAGCUCUCCAUCCUCCUUCCCCCACUGCAUCUCCCUGCCUCAGGCGCUGGGCUGAAACCUGGCCCAGGGGCAGCCACAGGGGCACCAGGCCCGGUGCUCCCCCUGCGUCUCUUUGGGCCUCUCCCUGCCGUGCUGGGGCCCUGCCACACGGACACCUCGGCACUGAGCGCUGUCUCGGGGCCUUUGUCCUUUGCAGGCAACUGUGGUGAUGUGGAACAUCCUCCAGGUGCCCUGUGUCCCACAUACGGUGACGGUGUAUUUCCCCCGCCUCUUUGUGCAUCUGCUCUUCCAAGUGCUCUUCAGCACUCUGGAUAUGCCAGAGGAGGUGGAUACCUUCUGGAAGGGAUGCCAAGAGCAAUACGGCCUUGCCACCAGCCCCAACAGGUGCUCCAUGCCAGUCCUCCUGUCCCUGCCACGUCCCUGGGCAGGAGCCAGUGCUCCCAGCGUGACCUGGGCUUUGCUCUGCACGCAGGUUUGCAGUGCAGACCCUCAAGUCCCUGCUCUGCCGAAUGCAGCACGAGGAUGUGGUGGUGGCCAUGGAACGCAGCUGUGGCUGGGACACGCUGCUGUGUGCUGACACCCAGCACCAUGCCGUGGGUCUGCUGGCAUGGUGAGACCCCCUUCUCCCCGCUGCCUCUGACAUUUGUGCUCUGUGCCCAGGGUGCCCCACACAGUCC